AUGUUUUCUUUCGUUUUCAACUUUGAGAUCAACCUCAAAGACGCUUCGGAAACACCAGCGUUGAUCGCUAUUUUAGUGUUUGUGGUCAUCUUUGCGAUAAAGCAGCGAAAUCGUAGGCGUACUAGGCUGUUCAUGGAUAAACGCCUUAAUACAAGUGCUUGUUGCUCAAAACCGAUUCCUGUGGAGAAUGAGGAAAAAAGUGGGAACGUAAGUGUUAACUUGAAAAGUUACGCAGCUCGUUUUUUUCUUCUUCUGAGAAAGUUCACAUUCUUACUAAGAGCUUACAAGAGUCUUGUGAAGCGUCCAUCAAGAAACUUCCAAAAUCUGUGCAAUAAUACACUGUUCUUGGAACCACACAUUUCCAGGUAUAAAAACUACGAGAUUUUAGUAUUAUAUCGAGAGUAAACCCACUGUCUGUUCUUAUCACUUGUUUGCGGGUUAAUGUAUUGAUUUUGAGCGGCGAAGUAACUGAUAACUCAAUUGCGAGGGAUAAUUAGGCCACAGGCGGCUCUAGAAACUUCCAGUGAAAGAAUUACGCGGAUGAAUCUCCCUCGGAUCAAGUUUAGUUUAAUGUAAGGAUAUCUUAAUUCUAUUUUAAGUUUUGGUCCGUUUUCUAUGGACGAAUGAUACCUGUAAUAUGAAAGUUACAAAACUGGUCAUUUCCAAGUAAAUCCUAUUCAAAAUGUACGAUAGACUCAGGGUCCGCGCCACAAACUUGACUUUUUAGUGGGAGGCUAAAGACGAACGCAUAAGCUACAGCCAACAAGGCAGGGGGAUGGGGGGAUGCUAAGCAGGACACUUUUUCUUUUCAAAACAAAUUAGGGGGGAGGGGGGGCAAGGCCCCCAGCUCCUCCUUCUGUGCGGUACCUGAGUCGGGGGUUGAACAAACACGCAUGCUCACCAGCACUCCGGCUUGACUGCUUCUUCAUUUUAGCCUGUUGAAUUUAUCUAUCCAGUCUUUCCUUCCUAUUUGGCAUGUUGCUGUUUAAAGGUUACCUGACUAAUGUAAAUUUCUCAACGCUUCACUAAUUUCCUUGUGGCGGAAUUUAGUAAACAGUCGUGACGCUGCUCCAUCAAAAGAAAAACCAUUUUGCUUAGCUUCCAUAUGGCCAUCUUUCUGAGUUUUAAAUGCUGACUUUCUCUCUUUACUUUUUAAGAAUUCACCAUGGUCUGGAAUUAUGACAACUGACGAUACAGAACUUCAGGAAAUUAAUAUUUUUAAUGACCAACAGAGGAGAAUUUCCCAAGAACACGCACUCGCUGAGCACUAUCAUGAACAUCCAAAAAGUCAAGAAGAAAGGAAGAAGUUCCCUGUGGAAAAGUCUUCCGUGCUGCCUUAUUACGAAAAAAAGAAGUUCAGUAUUUUAAGCAAAUUGCUUUAA